CACUGAUGCAUUGCUGAGUGAGGCGGCACUGACUGCAGAGCCUCCUCUCUCCUCUCAUGCUGUGUGCUCUCAGGCCGAGACAAAACUGUGCACUAUUUUCCCUCCACCAUCAUUCAGGAUGGAGGAAGCUGUUAUUAAGUCCAAGCGGUUUCCUUCAAUCAGGACAGUCAGAGCUUCGAAGAACAUUUCUCCCUCCCCUUCUUUUCAGCCUUCCUCCUUUACGUCCUGGAUCAAGGAGAACAUCCGUAAGAGGGAAUGCUGCUUCUACGAAAAAGGUGUCAGAGAGGAUGCAUGCAAGUGUGGCCACCCAAAGACUGAUCAUGUGGAUGAAGCUAUCAAGCCAGACAAUUUCACAGGCGAGUCUUGGAACAAAGACAGACACGUGCGUGAAGUUCCCACUGAUGCUUUUGGAGACAUCAGCUUUGGUGGUUCGGGACAGAAGACUGGCAAGUAUGCACGAGUGUCCACAGACACAAGCCCGGAAAUCCUGUACAAGUUACUGACCGAACAGUGGAAACUUUCCCCUCCCAACCUGCUGAUCUCAGUGACCGGAGGAGCCAAGAACUUCUAUCUCAAACCUCGUCUCAAGAGCAUGUUCCACAGAGGUCUCAUCAAAGUGGCCCAGACAACAGGAGCGUGGAUCAUCACUGGGGGUACGCACGCUGGUGUGAUGAAGCAUGUUGGGCGGGCCGUGAGGGACCACGCACUGAGCAGCUCCAUGCAGGGCCAGAUUGUGGCUAUUGGAGUUGCAACGUGGGGAAUAAUUCACAACAGGGAUGCUUUAGUGAAUCCAGAGGGUUGUUUUCCAGCCAAUUACGAGCUGGACAUCGAGGGCCAGGGCCGACUCUCUUGCCUUGAUAACAACCACACCCACUUCCUGAUGGUGGAUGAUGGGACCCAAGGGAACUACGGAGUGGAGAUUGAAUUGCGUAGCAGUCUGGAAAAAUGCAUCUCCGGAAAGCUUCUCGGAAACAGAGAGAGUGGCGUCACAAUCCCCGUGGUGUGUGUGGUUUUGGAUGGAGGACCAGGCACCCUAAAUACCAUUUAUAACGCCAUGCUGAACGGGACACCGUGUGUGAUCUUGGAGGGCUCUGGGAGAAUAGCUGAUGUGAUUGCUCAAGUGGCAGGAUUGCCAUUGUUCCAGGUCACCAUCGCCCUCAUUCAGCAGUUAAUGAAAAAGUUCUUUGGCCAAGAGUAUGAAAACUUCUCAGACUGCAAGAUCAUAAAAUGGACCGAGAAGAUUCAGUACAUCAUCCAGAUCUCUCACUUGCUGACAGUAUUCAGAAUAAGCGAGGAUAAUCACAGAGAUGUGGAUGUGGCUAUACUCCAAGCCCUGCUCAAAGCUUCGAGGGCCAGCGAGAGACUGGGAAUCGAGAGCUGGAAAGGGCAGCUGGAGCUGGCUAUCGCCUGGAACCGGGUGGACUUAGCUGAGACGGAGAUCUUCACUGAGGAGAGCCAGUGGAAGUCCAGCGACCUCCACUGGGCUAUGUUCUCAGCCCUGGUCGGCAACAAGCCCCAGUUUGUCAGUCUGCUGCUGGAGAACGGCGUGAGCCUGAAAGACUUCCUGAAAGACGAGGAGACUCUGUGCGACCUCUACAGAAAGAUGCCCGGCUGCAUCUUCGUCCGCAAGCUGGACAAGCGGGUCCAGAGACUCGGCCGCAAACCUCAAGCUCGCCCGGGUCGAGGUGAAACAACCUUCAUGACUCAUGUGUCCAAUGAGGUGCGCCACCUACUGGGCAGUUUCACCAAGCUCCUCUACCCACCCGCCGACAUGUCAUGUCAGUUCGAAAUGCUUACAGAGGACACAUCUGUAUCACUGUCCAAAGGUUCAAUGGCUUCUCAAAUGCAACUCAGGGAGAACAAUAUGGAUGCACAGGGGAACCCCGACAGAGACCUUUUCCUGUGGGCUGUAGUCCAGAACAACAAAGAGCUGGCUGAAGUUGCCUGGGAGUUGUGCAAAGACUGCAUGUCCGCCGCUCUGGCCGCCAGUAAGAUCCUGAAGACGAUGGCCGAGGAGGAAAGUGAUGCGGACGAGGCGGAGGACAUGCGGGAGCUCGCCAGUCACUUUGAGGAUCACGCCAUUGGUGUGUUCAGCGAGUGCCACGACAACGAUGAAGAGCGGGCCCGUAAGCUGUUGGUUUGCGUGUCUCCGUCUUGGGGGAGGACCACGUGCCUGAGGUUGGCCCUGGAGGCUGACGAUAAAAGCUUUGUAGCUCAGUCGGGCGUUCAGGCUCUUCUGACGCAGAUCUGGUGCGGUGGGCUUUCAGUGGACAACCCCGUGUGGAGAGUGCUGAUCUGCAUGGUCUUCUUUCCACUCAUCUACACCGGCUUUCUGGCGUUCAGUGACUCCCCCGACCCGGAGCGCCAGAAGCCUCUGAGCUGCCGGAGCCGGCUGGUCCAUCUGUACAGCUCUCCGCAGGUCAAGUUUUACUGGAAUGUUGUGUCUUCCUUUGCCUUCCUCUUCCUGUAUGCUGUGGUGGUGAUGAUUGACUUCCAGGCUACGCCCUCUGCUGGGGAGAUGCUGCUUUACGUCUGGCUGCUCUCACUGGUGUGCGAGGAGGUCAGGCAGGUGUUAUAUGAUCCUGAUGGCUUUGGGUUUCAUAAGAAAGCCAAGAUGUACAUCAACGACCUGUGGAAUAUUUUAGAUGUUCUGUCCAUCAUUCUCUUUGCUAUUGGCCUCACAUUUAGGCUGACAACUGAGCUGUUCUACGCGGGUAAAAUCCUCCUCUGCAUCGACUUUGUGGUCUUCUGCCUCCGGUUCAUGGCCAUCUUCACUAUCAGCAGUACCCUGGGACCCAAAAUCAUCAUAGUCAGGAGGAUGAUGACGGAUAUGUUCUUCUUCAUGUUCCUGCUGAGUAUCUGGGUGGUGGCGUACGGAGUGGCCAAACAGGGCAUCCUCAUCCACAACGACAACCGGCUGGGCUGGAUUGUUCGCGGGGCAAUAUAUGAGCCGUAUCGCAUCAUAUUUGGGGAUUUUCCCACAAAUAUUGACUAUGCUGCAUUUGAUUUGGACUCCUGCAGCAUGAAUGGCACCGAUCCUCUGAAGCCAAAGUGUCCUGUGCUGAAUGAAAACCUAACUCCAGCCUUCCCCGAGUGGCUCACCAUCAUCAUGCUGUGUGUCUACUUGCUCUUUGCCAACAUACUGCUGCUCAACUUGCUCAUAGCCAUCUUCAACUUUACGUUCCAGACCGUUCAGGACAACACAGACAGAAUUUGGAAGUUUCAAAGAUACGAGCUGAUCCAGGAGUACCACAGCCGCCCAGCCGCCCCUCCUCCUUUCAUCAUCUUCAGCCAUUUUUACCUCUUUGUUCGCAACAUGUUUCCAAUAAAGGCCUCCAUCAUAAGUGAGGAGUCUAAGAGUAAGUUACAGAUGAAGGAAGAGGAGCUGUUGUCCUGGGAGGCCCUGAUGAAGGACAGAUACCUGCUGUCCACGAAGCAGAAAAAGAACCAGAGCAUGGAGCAACGCAUCCUGGACACAUUUCAAAAGGUUACCACCAUAGCCGAUCGGCUGGAGAGGGAAGAGGAGACGAGUUCUGCUGCCGUGGUGCAAAGACUGGCUGGACUAGAGGAGCAGGCCUGCCAGUCAGCCAAAGCCCUGCAGUGGAUUAUGGACAGUUUGAAAAGUCAGGGUUUUGCAGCAAAAGAAGCACAACCGCCAAGUCAGCACAAAACUUCCUCACUCAAUAUGGAUGUUAGCUUCAGCUCAUACAGCCCGGCUUAUUAUUCCUCUGAAGACAGUGGAGACCACGUGGAUGAAUCAGAGUCAGAAGCCUUAGAUAAUUACAGAAACCCGAGAGGAAGGACUGGCAUCAGGGGACGAGGGACACUAAGCCGCCUCGGUCCAAAUCGAAGUACAGAGCUUGUGCUUACACGCAUUCAAGAAGGCCACAGAUCGGUUUUGGAGUACUUGGAGGUUUCGGAUGAGUGCAAGGGAACCUUCACUUUACCUGGAGGGGCGCUCCAGUCAGCUGACUACUUGCCAGUAACUCUUGAUAGCACCAUUAGGAAAACGAUGAAUGAAAAAAUAAAUGCUAAAGUUUCAGAGGGAACCAAGGUGUGUGAGGGUUACGUGGACGACUGCAGGAACACGGACAACGCCUGGGUGGAAAUCACCGUGCUAAACAUUCACCUGGAGAGCACGAGCCAGUUUGCCGCUGACAUCAACAGCACGGUGGAGAGCAGCAAUGGUGCUCUUCAGUGGCAGGAGGUGAGCGUUAAAACCAGACUGCACUCCCAUCAAAGAGAGUUCUUGCGGCUGGUUGCGAAGCUGCACAACAGGAGGUUCUGAUGUUCUUCACUGCUGUAGCUUUAAAUGUGCGUCUCCAUCCGCGGGGGGGUUCUCUCCCUGUUCAUGUGGCCUUUGUAUUAAUUCAGUUACACUGAAAGCAGUUGAAUCAAAACACUUCAAAGCCAUAAUGUUAUGCUGCCGGGAUUUGUUAUUUUUAUUUGCAUGAAUGUGUUUAGGACAGCAAUCAAAAUGUUAAGCUGACAUUCUGUGCUUUACACUAUGUGUGUAAGUAUGACGUUAUUACAUACACAAAGAAUAUAUACCUACUUUUUGGGGUAGUUGUAAUUCAAAGGAGCACUCCCAUUUCCCUCUACCUCAUACCUCAUACCUCAUACUACAUUUUGGUACUUUUCCCUUUCGCAUAUGGAUGAAAAGUACAGUCAUGCGUUACUUUUAUUUACUUUUAAAACAUACAUUUAUUUACUUUUAAAUCCUCAUCUUACUGUUUAUACAAUUUUGCAUUAUUCCAGAUCAAAAUGCAUCUACCAAGUACUAGCUCAACCUUCAAAAACAAAGCAGCAAACAGCAGUAAUAGCGUAAUAAUAACAUGCUGCAGUGUAAAGAAGUACCUGGUCCACUUAUAAAAUAUGUGUUCAAUUAACUCCAUGUGUGACUAUUACAUAAUCAUCACUCCUGCCCUAAAUAUAUAUAUAUACAUUUUUUUUAAGAUUCUGAAAUUGAAUUGUGCCCUUGCAUGGUGUUUAAUAGAAAGCAUGGGUUGUCUCACAUUGUUCUGCAGGGAUAUUAAAGUCAAACGGAAAACGUUGGGAUUCUUUAAAGCAAGGUUACUUCUGCAUG